AUGAAUGGGGCUGCAUUUGUUGCUAUCAUUGCCACAAUUGGCAAUCUUUUACAGGGUUGGGAUAAUGCUACAAUUGCAGGAGCUGUAGUUUACAUAAAGAAGGAGCUAACUCUGGGAAGUACCAUAGAAGGUCUUGUUGUUGCCAUGUCACUAAUCGGGGCGACCCUUAUCACAACCUGCUCCGGACCCGUAUCCGAUUUGUUUGGUCGAAGGCCCAUGCUAAUACUCUCAUCUUUCUUUUACUUCAUCAGUGGCUUAAUAAUGCUUUGGUCACCAAACGUCUAUGUUCUUCUUCUAGCUAGGCUUAUAGAUGGAUUUGGAGUUGGUUUAGCUGUCACUUUAACCCCCAUUUAUAUUUCCGAAACCGCCCCUUCAGAAAUAAGGGGAUUGUUAAAUACACUCCCUCAGUUCACGGGUUCGGGUGGAAUGUUCUUUGCAUAUUGUAUGGUGUUUGGGUUGUCUUUAAUGGCUUCAACAAGCUGGCGAUUAAUGUUGGGAAAAAUGGGGGAGGCCAAAAAGGUCUUGCAAAGAUUACGUGGCCUUGAAGAUGUUUCAGGCGAAAUGGCGUUGCUGGUGGAAGGUUUAGCGGUUGGAGGUGACACAUCAAUAGAAGAAUACAUGAUUGGUCUGGACAAUGAAGAUACCCAAGAUCAAGAUCCAAUGGCUCAUAAGGAUUCAAUCAAGUUAUAUGGAUCCCAAGCGGGUCUCUCGUGGAUAGCAAAACCAGUCACCGGUCAGAGCACACUCGGUCUGGUUUCUCGGGCAGGAAGUAUGGUGAACUCGAGUAUUCCAUUAAUGGAUCCUCUUGUCACCCUCUUUGGUAGUGUUCAUGAAAAGCAACCCGAAUCAGGAAGUAUGAGAAGCAUGCUGUUUCCAAAUUUUGGUAGCAUGUUCAGCACCACCGCAGGGCCUCAGGUGAAAGACACCGAUCAGUGGGAUGAAGCGAGUUCACAGAAUGAAGGUGAAGGGUACCAAACGGACGGUGGAGAUGACUCCGAUGACAAUCUUCAUAGUCCGUUAAUUUCCCGGCAAACAACCAGCAUGGUGGGUCCACAUGGCGGUAGUAACACCGGAGAGACAACUUCCGGCAUGGGGAUUGGCGGUGGGUGGCAGUUGGCGUGGAAGUGGUCGGAAAGAGAAGGUGAAGAUGGAACAAAAGAAGGUGGGUUUAAGAGAAUAUAUUUGCAUCAAGAAGCGGUAGCUCGUGGUGGGUCCCGCCGUGGGUCGCUUGUUUCGCUUCCCGGAAGCGGCGGUAAUGUUGCGGUUGAAGGAGAGUAUGUGCAAGCUUCGGCUCUAGUCAGCCAGCCUGCUCUUUAUUCAAAGGAGCUCAUGACUCAACCCCCAGUGGGACCCGCAAUGAUUCACCCAUCAGAAAAUGCUUCGAAUACGCCAUUGUGGUCUGCGCUUGUUGACCCGGGGGUUUCACGGGCUUUAUUUGUCGGGGUUGCGAUCCAAAUGCUUCAACAGUUUUCAGGAAUAAAUGGGGUUAUGUACUACACGCCUCAAAUCCUCGAGCAAGCGGGAGUCAGUGUUCUCUUAUCAAGCCUCGGGCUCGGUUCCGAUUCUGCUUCUUUUCUUAUUAGCGCAUUCACAACUCUUCUAAUGCUUCCAUGUAUUGCAAUAGCCAUGAGGUUCAUGGAUAUUGCUGGGAGAAGGACUCUCUUGUUGACCACCAUUCCCAUACUGAUAGCAUCUCUCAUUAUCCUUGUCCUCGGGAACACCAUCAAGAUGGGAUCGGUAAUCCAUGCGGUUAUUUCAACUGUAUGUGUUGUUGUCUACUUUUGCUGCUUUGUGAUGGCAUAUGGGCCAGUCCCUAACAUUUUGUGCUCGGAGAUUUUCCCGACACGAGUUCGUGGAAUCUGCAUUGCUAUAUGUGCGCUAGUCUUCUGGAUAUGUGAUAUUAUUGUGACAUAUUCAUUACCAGUGAUGCUCUCUUCAAUCGGGUUGGCGGGCAUUUUUGGAAUUUACGCCAUCGUGUGUGUCAUUUCAUGGGUGUUUGUGUUUUUAAAGGUUCCGGAAACAAAAGGGAUGCCAUUAGAAGUGAUCACCGAGUUUUUUGCCGUUGGAGCAAGGCAGGCUGCUGCAGCCAAGAGUGAGUGAAAAAAGAAAUGCAAUCUUUGUGUUGAUUAGGGUUUUUGGUUGCACUAUUUCUUGAUUGUAGGGGAUGUAUAUUGUAUUCAAGUUCAAUAGAGUUCGAGGCUCGAUUCAUUAGAAAAUAUGUAGAUUCAGCUUGGUUUGGCUCGGCUCAACUCGUAUCUUGCUAAUCCUGAAAUGAUUAGGAUCAGGAUCGACUUGCAUAAUGAUCAAGUUUGAACUCAUGAGCUCAUGUAGAUUCGAUUACUAUGGACUUGUCGAUUGGCUCGGUUUGUAUGGGAUGCGAAGUUUUAUGAACUAAAUAAUUGUGAAGAAUGUUAUAUUUAAGGAAUAUGCUCUAUCUCGAUAAGAACUUUGUUUGAAACAAGUGGUACAUACAAAUGUAUUGUUUUCUUAAGACACUUGGUUAGAGAUUUCUUUUUGGAGGACACAGUCAUAUAAAAUCAUGGCAGUAUUGUGGGAAAAUGUGAGAGCUUGCUAUUACCUACGGAUAAGUCUGUAUGAUUAAAUUACUUUAAAACAAACAAGC